UCCAGUAGGGAGGCUUCGGUUCCAUUUAGGAGGUUUUCCAUUGCUAGGAGGAAACUGUGGUGGGGGUUAAGAAUCCAUUGGUUUUAUGCAAAUAUUUAAUUGCAUCAUCGACGUUUAAUUUCGUAGCAGUACGCACCGGGCGUCCUUGUGAAACCAGGGCAUUGGUUACUGGAAUUGCACAUUGUUUUCGGUCCAGCAACAGCCCUGUGACGUGGGUUGGGCUGAGAGAGAGAGUGACAACCAAAGUCACCCAACUGGCUUUCAUGGCUAAGGAUCUGUUUUUGCAAGCCAUUCUACAUAAUGCUUCCAGAUGCUGGAACAUAUUACUUUCCUUGGGAAAUAAACUCUACUUCAGUACCGGAAGGGAAAGCCCUGAGAACAUAUGGCAGACUUCACUCUUAUGAUAUGGCCAUUUCUCAAGCCAUCUUAACAGCUCAGCGUGCUUCUGAUCAGCACUGUAUUCAAGUUUGCACCAAGUUUGUAGAACCCUUUCAGGCUCAGCUUGGGUCUUUGUAUAUUGUCCUGGGGGAAACUGAAUUCAAGGAGGGUGAAAUGAUUCUAAAGGCUCGUGUAUUUACAUGUGUAGAAGGAAUAAAUCUUCAAUUGUUGGAAAAAGCUAUAGAGGAACAGAGAAAAUAUUUUCAGGAGAGAAGUAAAGGUCAUGAAGGAAGUAUAUGAUAGUACUAUGAUUCAGGCAGGAUUUAAUUUUGAGCAGAAAAUUUGCUAUUCUGUAUAUGAUCAUUCUUGCCUUUACUCCUGGUUUUGUUGGAGGUUAUGUUGCUUUGUGAAUACUUACUGGUUUGAUAUAAAGUUUUAGACUCUUGAGGAUGCGGAUUAUGUCUAGAAUUCCAGAACUGGUCUCUUUAUUAGACUGUGAAACUUAUACAUAACUCUAUUUAGAAACUUAGCAUGCAAAGGGCUAAUAGAAAUCUUUAUUUUGGAAGAUGAUUUUUGGAAAUUACAAAAGCUUGAUCCUUAAGCUUGUUUGAAAGCAAAGAAUUUUCUUAAUAUGCCAAAGAAACCAACAGUUGGUGGCUGUGAGGGAAAUGGCUUUUAAUUCUAAUUUUGUUGAUAGAAAAAAGUGUUUUUGCAGGCUUGGAAUGCCCCCCUUUUCCAUUUCCCUUUGUGACAAUACAACUUCCUUGCUUUCCUGAAGUUGUUGAACACUUUAAUCUUCCACUGUAUAAAUUUCAGAAUAUAUCACAAUUGUGAAAUAAAAGCUGUCAAAUAAUGAA